UAAAGAAAUGACGUUGCCUAGGUGACGCAUCUGGUGUACCUAUCGACUUAAAACAAUAACAAAUCCCACUGAUACAUAGUUUCCCUUACAUUCGUUACGACGAGAUAAUGAAUUUGAGAUAAUAAUCAUUAAAAUGGCACAGCUAACAUAUGUAAACAAUUAAUUUAUUCAUUUAUUUCUUAAAAAUAGGUGUUGUAUAUUUUAACUCCUCAUAAUUUAGUUUGAACUAGCCUUAUGCUAGCUUUUAGCAAUUAGGAAGUAAUAUAAGCAUGGAAGGAAAUAGUAGGGAGUCAAACAGAAACAGGGAAAUAGAUUGGUCGAAAUUUGGUCUUGGUUCAGAAGCGGCACAAAGGGUCCGAGCUAAUACAAGUGGGUUUGUUGAUUUAUCCAGUGAGGGGCAUUAUGCAGCAGGGGGUCACCAAGCAUCUGGUGCGAAUGAGCUAUUCGCCGAGGAACAAGGCGAUGUUCCUUGGUGGAAAUCGAAUUUUUUUAUAUCUCAGCCUGUCUUAUUUGGCACAUGGGAUGGAGUGUUCACUUCUUGUUUAAUAAAUAUUUUCGGAGUUAUAGUCUUUUUAAGAUCAGGCUGGAUUGUUAGCCAAGCUGGGGUCAUUAGUGCCGUGUUAAUUGUCCUUUCAACAGUGAUGACAGCUUUAAUAUCAGUAUUAUCAGCAGUAGGAAUUUGUGAAAGAUGUAGGAUUGAGAGCGGAGGAGUCUAUUUUGUUCUGGGACAUGUACUUGGAUCUAGAUUUGGGGGCUCUUUGGGAUUGUUAUAUUGUUUUGGUCAGGCUGUAGGUUGUGCAUUAAAUGUUUUGGGUUUUGGUGAAUCCAUGGCUGAGCUCAUUGGUUUAGGAGAUUCAACAUGGGCAGUGAGAAUCAUUGCAAUAUUUGCAGUAUUACUACUUAGCAUCAUAAAUGUUGCUGGAGUUAAGUGGGUGAUUAAAUUACAAUUUAUUUUGUUACUUAUAUUGUUGUUGGCCGGUCUAGACUUUAUGGUAGGUAGCUUUGUUCAUACUGAUGAGGAACAUGGAUUUGAUGGUUGGAUAAGUGACAAUAUAGAAAAAAAUUUAUGGUCUGACUACAAAGAUAAAUACGGUUGGUUUACUGUCUUUGGAGUGUUUUUCCCAACUAUAACUGGUAUAUUAUCAGGAAUAAACAUGAGUGGAGACUUAAAGGCUCCUUCCACAAAUAUUCCAAAUGGAACUUUGUCUGCCAUAAGUUUUGCUACAUUUCUUUAUUUAGUUUUUAUUGUAUUUUUGGGAGCUACUUGCCAAAGAAAGUUCCUCCAGGAAGAUUUUAUGAUAGCCUCUAAAGUAUCUUUCUUUGGUGUCCUAUUUUUGGCUGGGCUAUAUGUUUCUUCCAUGUCAAGUUGCCUGGGCGCCAUGUAUGGAACACCCAGAGUGUUGCAAUCUAUUGCUUUGGAAAAUGUGAUUCCCGGCAUUGGAAUUUUAGGAAUGGGAAGAGGACCAAAUAAAGUACCUUUAUAUUCCAUGGCUGUUGUAGCCACUGUGACUUUCGCAUUUAUUUUAAUUGGAGAAAUCAACACAUUAGCUCCUAUAGUAACAAUGCCUUAUUUAUUAACAUACGCUUGUAUUGAUUACUCCUACUUUGCACUUGCACAAACUUUUGAUAUACAACAUCAGAGGGAACAGAGGUUUCAUAGGCCAAGAAUUCAGACUACUAUAAGUGUGGAUUCUGAUCAAAAUGAUUUGGAUAGACUUUUUCCCGAAAGGACUAGACAUAAAAUGUUAAGGGGCGAAUCUAGUUCCAAUUCCCCAAGCAGUCCCAGUGAUAACACAGAAACUACACCUAUAACACCCAGACCCCAUAUUCACUCAAAACAAAAGAACUGGUAUUCGAACUUGUGUAAUAGGUGGCUCUCUUUGAUAGGGGCGGCAAUCAAAAUCCUAAUUAUGUUUUUUGUUAGCUGGGUUUAUGCGAUCGUGUGUAUUAGCGUUGUUUUCUUGGUGUGGUUGUAUAUUGGUACAGCAAAUCCUGCGGUAAAACCCGGAUUAGCGUCAGAGUUCCAUUUUUUUAGAUGGAUGAAAAGUGUGAUUUUACGUUGCUGCGGAAAAAGGGUGACGGACUACGAGCAAAUUAUCGUAACACCUGUUCAUCCAGGCUUAGAUGUCGUCUCAGCUCAAUUAAACGAGGACAAUGAAGACUUUUCUAGUCGAAGGAGGUACCACCAAUCGGAAACUGUCACUGGCCAUAUGGUCGAUAUCGAUGACUAAAUAUCAUUACUAUAAAUGUUUUGACACCCUAUUACUUGUAUUUAUUUUUGCUUUGUUAAUACUCGCAAUUGUUGAUCAGCUAUUAGAUUAUUUACUAAAUUAUUUUGAGUAUAGGGUGUUAUAUUACAAAACGCUAACGAAUUCUAAAUUAUUCCGAUUAACAAGGACUUCCAACUGCCAAACUGUUUUUACAUAUAAAGGGCCACUUGAUUCCGUUCCUGGGAGACACGCAACGAAUUAGCCUCGCUUCGACCCUGCACAAAUACAAAUAUUCGCCGAUUUUUUUCAUGAAACAGCCUCAGUAAUACUUCUAAAAUACUUAUAUCGUUGGAUUAUUGUGGCGAUUUUUUAAUAUUUAUUUUGGUUUGAUUAAAUUUAGAUUGGGCGUCUGAACUUCCCAGGAACGGAUCCAGGACCGCUUCUAUAAAGGUAUUUCGUUAAAUUUGGAUGUGUUGGUACAAUCUUGCAAAUCCUCGUCAAGUGUGACGCGAUUAAUUUACAAGCCUAUGUUUACCGGGGCUUUCGUCAAUUUUGUACCCAUCCAUUUAAAUCUGGCGAACAUUAUAUGGUGACAGACACUUUGUAGUGUCGACCGAUAUAUGAAGCAAUGUAUUUUGUGACUACUAUUUCUAUAUUAAUAAAGAGUACAAAUAAUUAA